AACAGCUCAUAAAUUGGUGAGUUCAUGGUAAAUUUAUUUAUUUAUAUUUUGUAAAUUCAGAGUUGGUGUCAUCUUUUCAAUACUACUAGAUUUCUUCUCUCAUAAUCUCAAAGCCGGAGGAGGUGUUCGAUCCCACACCUCUUCGGAAAAAAAAUCAUCUUCAAAAACGAAAAAUAUUAUAAAAUUUUCGUUCUAAAAUUCUAAAAAAAGAAAGAAAAGGGAAUCAAUGGCGUCGUCCGAUAGCCUGAGCGACAAGAACGCGGUUUUCAGAAAGCUGAAAGCAAAAUCAGAAAACAAGAUGUGUUUCGAUUGUAAUGCGAAAAAUCCAACAUGGGCGUCGGUCACGUAUGGGAUCUUUCUCUGCAUCGAUUGCUCAGCCGUUCACCGGAGUCUCGGUGUACACAUCAGCUUUGUUAGGUCUACAAAUUUAGACUCUUGGUCUCCUGAACAAUUGAAAAUGAUGGUCUAUGGUGGAAACAACCGUGCACAAGUUUUCUUUAAGCAACAUGGUUGGACUGAUGGAGGCAAAAUUGAGGCCAAAUAUACUUCAAGAGCUGCUGAUUUAUAUAGGCAAAUGCUAUCGAAAGAGGUGGCUAAAAGUAUGGCUGAAGAUGCUGGUUUGCCUUCAUCCCCCGUUGCUCCUCAAUCGUCAGCAGCACCUAAUGGAUUUUCUGGCAGCAAGAUUGAUGAAGUUCUUAAAGAAUGUUCUUUAGGCAGUCAAGAAAAACCCGAAGUUUCUGCUGCCCCAAAAGCUUCCCAUACCGUUGUUACCAGCGCUGUCAAGAAGCCUCUUGGUGCCCGAAAGGUUACCGGGAAGACCGGGGGGCUUGGUGCCAGAAAGCUUACUAAUAAGCCAAGUGAAAAUCUCUACGAACAGAAGCCUGAAGAACCAGUUGUCCCAGUUGCUUCCUCAACUAAUGACAUUGCACCCACUGGCUCAUCUUUUCCAUCUCGUUCUCGUUUUGAGUACGUAGAAAAUGUUCAAUCUACUGAGUUGAAUCAUGGUGGCCCACAAGUGCUUAAUCAUGUUGCUCCACCAAAGUCGUCCAGCUUCUUUGCAGAAUUUGGAAUGGACAGUGGUUUUCAGAAGAAAUCAAGCUCAAAUUCCUCAAAAGUGCAGAUCCAGGAAACCGAUGAAGCUAGGAAAAAAUUCUCAAAUGCUAAAUCUAUUUCAUCAGCCCAAUUUUUUGGUGACCAAACCAGAGCAGCUGACAAUGAAGCUCAAGUUACUUUGCAGAAAUUCUCAAGCUCAACAGCCAUCUCCAGCUCUGAUCUAUUUGGUCAAGGUGCAGAUAAUGCUCUUGACCUUACUGCUAGUGACCUCAUCAACCGACUCUCUUUCCAGGCACAGCAGGAUAUCUCGAGCCUUAAGAACAUAGCAGGAGAGACCGGAAAGAAGCUGAGCUCCUUUGCGUCCACUUUUAUGAGCGAUUUCCAGGACAGAAUCCUGUAAUGGAGUGUUCUGGCCUUGAAAAUCUAUAUAUAUGAUAUAUAUCUGAGUUUGUUAUGUUAGAUCACCGGCCAAUAUCUUUUGGUAGUGAAAUGUAGUAGACCCAUUUUAUAAUAACAAUUCUUUCACAGGACAAAUAAAUAUUUUAAAAACCUCCAAGCUUUCUUUA